UGGAGUCGUCGUGUCAUUAUCUGCUUUAUCGACAGCAGCAGCAAUAAUAAUACAACAGCAAUUGAUUGAAUUUGAAUCAAAACUUAUCUACACUCGAACUUUUCAGCAACAAUGUCCUCAGACUCAGUCGUUUACCACUACCUCGCCAUCGGCAAGCUUGGCCGCGGAGAAGUUGUCAAGCUGUUCUUGAAGGAUGCUGGCAUUGACUUCGAGGAGAAGCGUUAUAAAUACCCUGAUACCUGGCCAGAGACCAGCGAGAAGCUCAAGCAGCAGGGCAUCACCCGCACUGGAAGCCUUCCUUCUCUUGAGUACAAAGGCCUCAUCCUCACUCAGCAUAUCCCAGUCCUUCGUUUCCUCUCUCGCGACCUCGGCAAGUAUGACGGCAAGACGAAUGAGGAUAAGUAUUUGGUAGAUGCUGUCUCCGACAUCUACAUCGAUUGGAGAUCCCAAUGGGUUGCCAACCUCAAGGGAGCAACCGACGAGUACAAGAACGAAUUCCUCCCCAAGUACUACGAUCUCAUUGCGAAGUACUAUUCUGACCGCGAAGGUCCUUAUCUUCUCGGUGAUGAAGUCAGCUACACCGACUUUGCGAUCUACCAGUCCAUUGACAACGACACACGAACCAAGACCAUCCCUUCUAAAAUUCCUGAUGUCCUUCUCAAGUUCAAGGAAGUUUUCGAGGCUAGGCCCAACAUUGCUGAGUACAUCAAAUCCGAGUAAGACGAGCCAUGCUAGGGGAGGCAGGAAAACUUAGAACCUCUAUCCUAAGUGAUGAAAAUAUUUAGGCAACUCUAGCCUAAGCUUAGGGGGCUCUUUACUGAGUUUAUCUUAGCAUCCUCUUCUCAAUUCUCAAGUUUUCUUGCUCCCUGAGACCAUGGUCCCUGUGACUCAAUGCAUCUUCUUGGGGGCAAUUAGACCAAGUUUACUGAUAUAAAUACAACUCAAAUUGUAUCUA